AAGAAAAAUUGAACCAUUGCUAUCAGCUCCUGUGAGCCAAUGCAUUAUUGUUGUACAACAACAAACUGACAACAGGCAAAGACCCAGAAAAAAGAAUUAUGGAGCAUCAGAUUGUGGUGGUGGUCCUCACUCUUCCACUCCUACCACUGUACCUUCACUUUUUAGUCUCCUCAUUCUCUUCCCCCUAUUCCUCCACCACAUCCCAACCCAUUAAUAUCUUCCUCUUGCUCAUCUUCAAAAUAGCUCCAUCUUCUUUAUUUAUUCGUAUAAAUAUCUGGGGCAUCCAUGGAGGUCAUGAGUAAAAUUAACCUAAACAAGCAGCUGAGGAUGGAGAAGCCCCAUGUGGUGGUCAAGGAGGAGGAAGAGGAAGAUGAAGAAUUUGAUCAGCAUCAGCAACUGGAAGAUCAUGAUAAGAAGAAGAAAGGAAUUGUGGGUGGAAGUGGCUCUGUGAAAAGAUCAGGCACAAGUGGAGGUGGGACGAGAUGCUGUCAGGCUGACAGGUGCCCAGCUGAUCUGAGUGAUGCAAAGCAGUAUCAUAGAAGGCAUAAGGUUUGUGACCUUCAUUCUAAGGCUCAGGUUGUGCUUGUUUCUGGGCUGAGGCAAAGGUUUUGCCAGCAAUGCAGCAGAUUUCAUGAGCUCCCAGAAUUUGAUGACACCAAACGGAGUUGUCGUAGGCGUCUGGCCGGACACAAUGAACGCCGAAGGAAGAAUUCAGUCGAGUCUAAUGCAGAAGGCCCGAACCGCAAUGGUACAGGCACUCCGUUAAAGGAUGUAUGUGGCCAGGGUGAUAAUAGUGGAAGAAUUCGGAUAACCAUUCAAGGAAAUUCCCCCUACAAGCAUUUCCAGAUUAGAUAAGAUUUAUCAAGCAUGCUCUCUCUCUUCUGUCAUCCUAGGGAUGUAAUAAUAAUUUUAGAAGUUCCAUGGUAGAUAUGUGUUCAGGAUUUCUAUUUAGGUGAAGCAAAAAUUCCAAUUGAACAAACGUUUCGAUGCCGGAAAUUGAAUAAACGUUUAGCACCUUCGGAUUAGCUGCUCACUUUUCCGAUGUGUUCUUCUGUUAGCAGAAUGCUUUGAGUGUGACAUUUUGGUGGCUUAAGAUUUGAACUGCUGAAUCUAUUUCAGACUUUGAUGAGAAUAAAGAGCUUUAUUGUGCAAU